UUUUCCGCAUUGUAUUUAUGAACCUACAACCCGACAAUCACCGAGCGUCGUUUAUACCUGAAUGCAACAAUAUCAACACAGGGAGAUGAGCACUUGGAAGCCACGUAGCUAGCUGAUGCUUCACACGCUAACAGCUGCACAUCACGCAAUAUGGUUGGCGCUGCUUGUAGGUCCUAAUCUGCUGCUUCGAYAACACACCUGCCACUUCCUGCUUUGUGUACUCCAGUAACUCCUGCCUAAGUAAACACACACAUCAGAGGACCAAUAGUAUUCAAGUACUUGUUGUUUACCUCGUUUCCUGCUGUCCUGAUCCAAACCGGAGAACAGGUGUUCUGUAUAAGCCGUGCCCAUCAUCUCACACACACUCACCCACCUACGCUAGCAUCAUUUAAAAAGCAUAGCCUUUUCCUGCACCCACGCGUAAUCACAGCCAUCAUGGCCAGCAUGCUGUCCAACUUUGGCAAAACCCUGCUGCGCCGCCGGGCGCUGGACUUCUCCAAUGAAGAGACGCAGUUCGCCCGCUGCUUAUCCACCCUGGACCUCAUCGCCUUGGGGGUGGGCUCCACGCUGGGCGCUGGCGUCUACGUCCUCGCAGGCGAGGUCGCUAGAGAGAAGGCGGGACCGGCCAUUGUCUUCUGUUUCCUCAUCGCCGCCCUGUCCUCCAUGAUGGCUGGCCUGUGCUACGCCGAGUUUGGCGCCCGCGUCCCCAAGACGGGCUCCGCMUACCUCUACAGCUACGUGACGGUGGGAGAAAUGUGCGCCUUCAUAACGGGGUGGAACCUCAUCCUCUCUUAUGUCAUUGGUACGGCCAGUGUGGCCAGGGCUUGGAGCUCGACCUUUGACAACCUGGUCGAACAAAAAAUAUCCGGCUUCUUUAAAGCAUCCAUGGAAAUGAAAGUGCCUGGAAAAGUGCUAGCGGAGUAUCCGGAUCUGUUCGCCCUAAUCCUGGUCCUGCUGCUAACCGGUCUCUUGGCCUUYGGCGUGAGCGAGUCGGCGCUGGUGAACAAAAUCUUCACGGGAAUCAAUCUGGUGGUGCUGGGCUUCGUCAUCAUAUCUGGCUUCGUCAAGGGUGACGUUAAAAACUGGAACCUCGAGGAAGGCGACUACCUUAACUACAGGAACGGCACUAAUGUCACCCAAAAGGAACUGACAGAAAAGUUUGGUGACGGUGGUUUUGCUCCGUUUGGUCUCGCUGGAAUCUUGUCUGGCGCUGCCACCUGCUUCUACGCCUUUGUGGGCUUUGACUGUAUUGCCACAACAAGCGAAGAAGCUAAGAACCCCAUGCGAUCCAUCCCCAUCGGCAUCGUGGCCUCGCUGCUCAUCUGUUUUUUCGCCUACUUUGGCGUGUCAGCAGCCCUGACCAUGAUGAUGCCGUAUUACCAGCUGAACACUGACAGCCCUCUGCCCGAGGCCUUCAGCUACGUCGGCUGGGCGCCAGCCAGAUACAUCGUGGCCGUGGGUUCUCUCUGUGCGCUGUCCACCAGCUUACUGGGCUCCAUGUUCCCCAUGCCUCGGGUUAUUUACGCCAUGGCCGAAGACGGGCUGCUGUUCCGGGGUCUGUCCAGGAUGAACCCUCGCACAAAGACCCCCAUCCUGGCUACCAUUGUUUCUGGAAUCGUUGCAGCUCUGAUGGCAUUCCUGUUCGAUCUGGCGGCCCUGGUUGACCUCAUGUCCAUAGGAACGCUGCUGGCGUACUCAUUAGUGGCUAUUUGUGUCUUAAUUCUCAGGUAUCAGCCAGGCAAUCUGAAUUCGUCCAGUCAGACGGAGAAGCUGGUGGAGCUGGUGGAAGGCGAGAAGGUGGCUGUGAGCGGCGGGGACAGUGGGGACGAGUACGGCAUGGAGAUGGAAGACAGACCCCUCCAUGAGACGUUCACUGCCAAGCUGCUCUUCUGUCCAAGUGGAAAAAUCCCCACUAAGACCUCCGGGAUGAUAGUCUAUGUUACCACAGCUGUUAUUUGUGUUCUCAUCACCAUUCUGUGCAUCAUCCUGGCAAACGGUUUGAACCAGCUGCUCGCCGGACAUCCAGCUGUUGUGGUGCCCUGCAUCAUCUUGGCUCUGCUCUGUGUCGUCUGCAUUAUCAUCAUCUGGAGGCAGCCACAGAGCCCAGAGGCUCUGACCUUCAAGGUCCCGCUGCUUCCAUGGCUGCCCCUGUUCAGCGUUUUUGUCAACAUCUACCUCAUGAUGCAGCUGGACAUUAGUACAUGGUGCCGCUUCUCGGUCUGGAUGGUUGUCGGCUUUGCCAUCUACUUCUUAUACGGUAUUAAAAAUAGCAGUGAAGCUAACAAGUCGCCCUCAGGCAAGUACGAGCCGGCGCUGCAGAACAAAAGCCCGAUUUACAAGGGCGGUCCUGAUGAGAGCGACUUGGAGGCCGGCAGCAGCCCCUGAUGCGGACUGACCCAGACCCGAGGCUCGUUUCCGGGCACCUGCACCCAUUCCUGAUCAUUUACAGUGCAGGCCGGCCGGAAGUGCAGGCAUGGGCCGGUUUGAAAUUAUGACGGUAUGGGGAUCUUAGGUUUCGCGGAGUCACGGUAUAAUGGCUACAGCUCUAAAAUGUGUUAUGUUGCAUUUUCUUUACGAUGCUUUGACGUGAACACAUACGCAAUUUGCUUCUUAAAUGUUUGCUAAAUUGUGGACUGAUCUUCAACCUUUGACAUGACCUGUUGCUGCCAGAGGCUCUGCUUUUUCUAAAAAAAAAAAACUCAAUUAGGACAGAUGUGAAUUUUACUGCAAUUUCAAAUUAGUCUAUCAUCAUAAUCUCUAUAGUCAUAGUUGACUUUGUCUUUGGAAGCUGCGUAAACUUGCAGAGCUAGUAACUAUGCAGCAGCAGCCGACCGGUGGGAUUUGACCUCCACCUGUUCGGUGGUCAGACCUUACAAAACUAAAUGCUUAUACUGCAGGCACAGUAUGGCACUAAAUUUUUAUGGUUUUAAAACUCUGACUUUUUCAUUUUAUGGAAUAUGUUGAAACCAGCAACCGGCCCAUGCCUGCUCAGAACGCUGCUCCGGGUUUAAAGGGAGGGAAGAGGCAAGAAAAACACAACACGUCUUACCUCUGACUUGGAGGCUGAUCAACUACUUGACAACUAGAUGCUGUGACACAGCCGAUUUCCAGCUCGUCUGAGUUUUAGCCCGGUUUUAUUUAGCCUUAGCCCACAGCAAGCAUUUACCUGCCUGAAUCACAUGUUUUCAAAGGAUCUGACCAACAAGGGGGUCAGAUCGUGUUUUAUUCCGUUACAUGAAGCUGCAAACCGGAAAAAUGUUACUUUUUGUUUUUUGUUUUGUUAUUAAUGUCCUGAGGUGGACCCAUUAAGCCACUAGUGAGUCCCAGUGUAAAUCCCAGUCAAUGACCGUUUCAGCCAUUAAGUUCACCAUCAUAAGAUCACUCAGUGAGUCCAGCAACAAAGUGGCAGAGGACAGUCAUCCGUCGCUUAUGAAUGUGGUGCAGUAGAGGAAGUUACCUGUGUGUUUACACGUCGUGUGUGAGCGGCUGUGAGGUUUACAGUGUCAGUUUUUACUGGUAGGUCAGUAGCAUCUGGUCAGUGCUGAUGUUUAUGUUCAAUAUUGUGCAGCUGAAGUCCUAACUGGGAACACUAUAACCCCACUGCAUCCUACAACUCCCUGAAAACUGCUGCAGACUACAUGUAGACUACAAUGUUUACAUGGUACAAGUAGGCAUGAGUACAAAUACCAUGGUUUCUUGGUAUCAACUCCAAAAUUUAAAUCAAGAAUGUAAAACAUGAAUUCAUGAAUAUUACUUGAAAUAAUGUUUUCUAUAGCAUUACUUUCUUAUGUUGGUAUAAAAAAAGAAGUAAAGCUAUAGAACAAACCUCUACUAAAUUUAACUGUAUAUUUCAAUUUAGGAUUCAUUAUCACAAUAUUUCAUUUAGUAUUUAUUGCGAUAAAAAAGUAUUUCCGACUAGGCCUGUCACAAUAACACAUUUUGCUAGACGAUAAAUUGUCCCAGAAGUUAUUGUGAUAAACGACAAUGUUGUUGUUUUGAGUCUAUUUUCAAGCAUUGUUAUGAUAAUGGAAGAAUGCAUUCUCAAUGAUUAAUACACCUUAAACUCUAAGGAACAUUCAGAACUGGAACUGGAAAACAUUUUAAAUAUUCAAAAUAAAUAAAACAACAGAAACGACACAUAAAAUUAUGAAAUCUCUGUAAACAAAAUUGUCCUUCAAAAAAAAGGACUAUUUGUGACCAAAACACCAGUCAUCCAGUUUUUGAUAGAAAUAAGUGAUGAAACAUUGUAUGAUAAAUUAAAAUUUAUCAUACAAUGAAUUGAUUUAUUGCUCAUUGCGACAGGCCUGUUUCCAAAUUCCUCAGUCUGUCACUGUCUACAGGCACAAACUGCUCUAAAAACAUAAUCUAAAUCCUGGGGCAUGUGAAAACAUGUGAACAUAGAAGAAAUAAAAAAAAUUCUCAUUUAAUUUUUUUUAUCUGGUGCUUGUGUGCCCACCMCCUCUUUUUCUAAUGCCGCCCUGGGUAAUUGCCCAUAUGAUCAUAUCUAAAGUAGAAGGAGCAUAACAGAAAAUGUUUGCACUUUUCAAACUGCAAAUUUUUAAAACCAUUAUAUCUACARCCAGCCCAUGCCUAAGUAUGACAUAAUUUAACAGUUUUGUUAUUUAUUUCAUCACAGUAUUAACAUGUUACCAUUCGAUUUUGUGGCCUUUGAUUUCAACUUCAGUGACUCUAAAAUGUACAUAAAACACAUAAAUCUGUGUGGUUGAACUUUCACGUCAUCUUGCUGUAUGGAUUUUAAAAUUAUUCAAUGGAUUUACCGAUUUAAGAUUUUGCUAACAUACCAGUUUAUCUGCCUUUUGUAUUGUUUUUUUGUUCACAUUUGUGCAGACCGGACGAUGUUGAUGGGAUUUUGGGUGUCGGGCAUUUUCGGCAGAAAUGCGAUGAUCUGUAAUGUACGUCCAAAAUAAGCCAGGGUUCAUGUCAAGUUUUACCACUAAAAUGUAAWMUCUUUCUUUUUCUACUUCUUUGUAAAAAAAAAACACCUGUUCCCCACUAAGACUCUUGAUUAGUUUCAGCUAUACAACUUGAACUUUUAAACCUUUUUCAGAUGAAUUACCAUCACUUGUAUUUUAGUUUUAUAAUCUUAUUUACUUCUAAUUUUGUUAGAAAAUGUUAAUAUUUAUGUGUUCGUUGAUUGUUUGGGAAAGCAUUACUGCUUUUCUGCCUUUAUGUUUUCAUUUUAACUUGCUUUUUAGAUGUACAGCUUUUAAUGUUGAUCUUUUGUCACAUUAUGUAUUUUGUUUCUGAUCUUUUCCGACCAAACUGAAUAUUUUUUUACUCCACUUUCCAAAAACUACCAACCACAAUGAGUUGGUAUUUAAAUUAUUCUAACUAUUUUUGCCCCAAACCUUUUUCAGUCUGAUUGAUAACUUAUUUCUAAAAGGUUUUUUGUGUGUUGUUGUCAUAGUACAAGUGCUUUACUGUAUAGAGUGUACAGUAUUUGUUUAAAUAUMUUUGUAUAUUGCUGUAAAUUAUGCAAAUAUACUUUCUUUGACAUAUGAAAUUACAUGUAAACCUGAUKAGGCGGUUUUUGUAGAUUACACUUGAAGGAACUGAUGCUGCUGAAGCCCAAAUUAUGAAACUAUUUGAGAUACAAAAUGCUCCCAUGGAAGCUGGAUUAUACUUUGAAACGUAUCUUGAAAGMGUUUAUCGGUAAAAGGUAGAUUUAAUUGUCUUUUUUUUUACAGAUGGCGCAUAAGAACCAUUUGUGAAGUCGAAUGUGAAAUUUGCUCUUCAACUUUUUGAUCUGAACUUUAUGUUCUCCACGCUUACUCGCCACCAAAAUGUUGUGUUGUGAUGGCGUGUUGACUCACUCAGYUUGUCACAACCCGCCCUUGUGCCUUUUGGAAAAAUCAAUCCAAUCAUUCCCCCGUAGUGCUGAAACAUUUAGAGCAACAAUUGACUUCUGUUUUGUAUUCUGUACAUAUGCUUCAUUGUGUAAAAUGAGCUGCGUUUUAAUUUUCUCUUUUUUUUUUUAAUAAAAGUGAUUUAUCCUCUUGGAA